GCGAGGAGGAAGGCGACGGGGGAGCUGUUUGCGGUGAAGAUGGUUGAGAAGGCGCUGGUGCUGCGAGAGAAGAAGCAGAAGUACGUGGUGAUGGAGAAAGACGUCCUGAACCGAUGCCGCCACCCCAACGUCGUGAAGCUCUUCUGCACCUUCCAGGACCCGCACCGGCUCUUCUUCGUGAUGGAGCUCUGCGAGACUGAGCUCUUCCAGCUGCUGCAGGAGAAGGGAAGCUUUGCCCUCCCCUGUGCCCGAUUCUUCGCUGCUGAGCUCGCCGUCACCUUGCGGUUCAUCCACGGCCAAGCUGUGAUGCACAGGGAUUUGAAGCCGGAGAAUGUGCUGGUAUCGAAGAGCGGACAUGUAAAGUUGACAGACUUUGGGACGUCAAAAAUCAUCAGGGACGCAGAGGCGACUAGGAGCAACAGCUUCGUGGGCACAGCCGAGUACGUGUCGCCCGAGGUGCUCGAGAACGUUGGAGCUACGCAGGCGUCAGACCUCUGGGCCUUCGGCUGCAUGAUCUUUCAAUUUUUCGCGGGGAGGGUUCCGUUCAGAGGAGGCUCGGAGUACCUCACCUUUCAGAAGGUUUCC